AGUGAGCUGGAAUAGUGGAAAGCUGUUCUGGCUGUCCUUGGCUCGAUCCCAAUCUCAGGCAGGGCUUCGCAUGUAGGGGGCGCUUGGAGUGGAACCGUAUGUGGGAUUACAAAUCUCUGAGGCUUGUCUGACUUCUUCGACGGAGAUCUGCGCCGCCUGUGUGACAGCCACACGCCUGGAAGAUUAGGUGUCACAGUAAUAUCGUCAUCGACUGCUUGCUGGUGAAUAAUCAUGCGUUUGGACUGGAGGAGGCAAAGAGGCACUGGAAUUAAAAUGUGUAAAGAACAAACUGUACAAACGAAGCAUAGCCUCUAGACAGAGAGAGAGAGAGAGAUAAAGACCCCUCUCAUGUCAGUGUCAUGGAUCACACAAGUCCAGACAGCCCCUACAAAUGAGACAACUACAAACAUGGAGGUGCUUAUUGGUAUCAAUUCCCAUGACCGUCCUGUCUCGAGAGGCAAACUCCUCAGGAUGCUAAUAAUUCCUGCUGAACUGUCUCUCUUGUAAGAUCAGACUACCAAGAAUGGGAAUUACAGUCUAAAUGAGCGGUCCACCUAUUACUGCGAGCUGGGCACACACUCAAAUGCAGUAUGUAGUGGAGCUUUUGACCUAUGAUUCUGGACAUGCAGUACAGAGACUCUGUCAGUAUGGAAGAGCAGACCACCACUCUGAUUCACAUUUAUCAGAAUAGCACGGAACACUUGGUCAACACUUCGUUUGACUACAACUCGUCGGAUCUGAACGAGAAUGCAGACACGUAUAAGUUUUAUGUCAUUGGGCUUUUUCUCUCCUGCCUGUACACAAUCUUACUCUUCCCCAUUGGCAUAAUUGGGAACAUCCUGAUACUGGUGGUUAACUUAAACCACAGAGAGAAGAUGACUAUCCCAGACCUUUACUUCAUUAACCUGGCAGUGGCAGAUCUCAUUCUAGUGGCUGAUUCGCUCAUUGAGGUGUUUAACCUGAAUGAGAAGUACUACGACUACGCUGUUCUCUGCACCUUCAUGUCCCUUUUCCUGCAAGUCAACAUGUACAGCAGCAUCUUCUUCCUGACAUGGAUGAGUUUCGACCGGUACGUCGCUCUAGCCAGCUCUAUGAGCAGCAGACCGCUGCGCACCAUGCAGCAUGCCAAGCUCAGCUGCAGCCUCAUUUGGAUGGCCUCCAUCCUGGCCACCCUCCUGCCCUUCACCAUUGUGCAGACGCAGCACACAGGGGAGGUCCACUUCUGCUUCGCUAAUGUCUUCGAGAUCCAGUGGCUGGAGGUGACAAUCGGAUUCCUGGUGCCUUUCUCUAUCAUCGGUUUGUGUUACUCCCUCAUUGUACGUAUCCUCAUGCGGGCUCAGAAGCACAGGGGCCUGUGGCCACGCCGGCAAAAGGCCCUGCGCAUGAUUGUUGUGGUGGUGCUGGUGUUCUUCAUCUGCUGGCUACCUGAGAACGUCUUCAUUAGCAUCCAGCUGAUCCAGGGCACAGCAGAUCCAUCAAAGCGCACCGCAUCCACCCUGUGGCAUGACUACCCUCUGACUGGGCAUAUUGUCAACCUGGCAGCCUUCUCCAACAGCUGCCUGAACCCUAUCAUUUACAGUUUUCUGGGGGAGACCUUCAGAGACAAGCUGAGGCACUUUGUGAAGCAGAAGGCCAGCUGGUCAGUGGUUUAUCGCUUCUGCCACCACACUCUGGACCUCAACAUCCCAGUUAGGAGUGAGUCCGAAGUUUAGGACUGGAUGUAGUCGCAGACCUACAGUGAAUGCCUCUUGAGAUUCUUCUUUGUAAUUCUAAGAAGGAAUGUUUUUUUCUUCUUCUCAGAAUAACGCUGCUCUCGAACUGCAGACGCAGUUGGAGUAGGGCAUGUGUAGUUGUAGCCACCAGCUGACAGGGGUAUACAGUUUAGUUGACAACGAAGCACCAUGUUUGCUUUAUUUCCUGCAGAGUGUUAUCUACACAAAAAAAGGGAUUAUUCAGGGUAUUUUUUUGCAAAGAUUUUUGAUUGAGAAGGAAAGUAAACGGCAAAGACAAAAUAAUCUGUUUUUCCUAAAAGUGAACUGAAAAGAUGAAAAAACAUAUAAUGUAUCUAAGUAAUGACUUUUAUACUCCAGAAAGAUUGUGCUCAGUGAGCCCACGGUACGGGAACAAAUAAAAAACAGACAUCAAGA